ACAGUAGUAAAGUAAAGUAAGUCUUUCCACCUCUUUGUUCAGCUAGCAGAUAUAACUUACACUGCCGGUGAUCACCCUCUCACCGAUUGUAUAUGCAGAUUUGUGUGGCCGGCGAAUAUGGCCCCACCAAAAUCCGUGCGUACAAUAUCUCAAGAAGCCUUCGAUGAAUUGGUGAAGGAAAAUAUUGAAGAUCUUGAAAUGGACCCCACUGAAGCCCUUGAAGACGCUAUUCAAACCCUAACUCUCCAAGAUGUUGAUCUCUCCGGGAUCGUGUCUAGCAUUUUGGGUUCGGGGGAGGAAAAUCCAGUAAUUCAAUCACUUGAGAGGCUGAAGGAAUUGGAUCGUGAUUGGAAGCAGGAAGGCAGGGAUGAGAAAGAUGUGAAUGAAAUAGUUGAGUGGUUAGAUAAAUUAAAUGCUGUCUGUAAUGUUGAUGCACCAGGAAAUGCUGCUAUAGCAUCGAAAAAUGGUGCUGUAGAAUUGGUGUGUUCGCUAUGCGGUAAACUUGGGAGCGGAUUCAAUCAAGCUCUUGUUUCAGCACUCAAUACAUUGGCUUCAUUACUUCAUGAUGGAAGAGUUGAUAUCAUCAAUGGAAAAUGUCUUGUAUUCAUGAUUGUAUCAUGUGCAGAUCUACAGAGCAUUGAAAUAUUUAGGGCGACUAAUGGUCCAAAGUUGGUUAUGAAUAUCCUAAACAAUAGGAAAGAAAACUUAAGCAUCUUGAACAGUGGAUUUUCUGUUGUUUCUGCCGCUGCAACUGGUAAUGAGGUCAUCAAGGAGGCAUUUAUGAACUUGAAAAUUGAUGAACUGAUUCUUCAAUGUUUAAGAGAAUUUAGUAGGGGGAGCAUUCCUUAUUUAUAUGAUGCUGUACGAGUCCUGCUAACAUCUGAUGAUAAUCGUGUUGUGGCCUCUGAAGUUUAUGGGUAUGCCAGAAGGUUCGCGAAAAUAGGAAUUGUUGAAGCACUUGUUGAUUCACUUCAUGUAUGGAUUAAGGCGCCUAGUCUGGUGUCUGCAACUGUUGCUUUGAAGGCUAUUGCUGUUAAUGAUGAAAUAUGCAGAGCUGUUGCUGAUAAUGGUGGUAUUGCCGCAAUUCUUCAAUGUAUAGAUGACAGCGGUGAACAGGGUGAAAAAAUUGUAGCCAGAACUUGCUGUUCCUUGUUAUCUAAGUUGGCAGGAAGUGAUAUAAACAAGAGUGCUAUUGUAGAAAAGGAUGGCAUGGACAAGCUUAUGAAACUUGCAACGAGAUUUUCCGACGAUCCAACUGUGCUACAAGAGGUCAUGUCUACGAUAAUGGUGCUGACCUUGAGGUCUCCACAUAAUGCUGCCUGCGCAGUUGAAGCUGGAGCUGGUGAUAUUGUUAUCCGAGCUAUGCAGAGGUUUCCAGAAUCAGAGUUACUGCAAAGAAGCUGUUGUUUCAUGAUCCGAAAUCUUGUGGUUAGGAAUCCAGAAAACAGGACUAUUUUGCUUGGUAAUGGCAUUGAGAAGCUCAUCAGAAAGGCUAAGAUGAAUUGCAAGAGCUGUAAGAAUGCUGCAGCUGAUGCUCUUAGGGAUCUAGGACUAGAUAACUUUAACUUGUAGUCCCAGAAGUUCAAACUCACUUUUGUUGUGAAAUCCUCCCCCCCUCCCCCCGCCGACACCCCCCCACAACUCAACCAAAACCAUCCCCAAUUCUUUGGGUCUGAAAAAGGAACACGAUCCUGCUGUUUAUAGUCUAUUGAUUGAAAGAGUGUUUUAUGCUUAAAAAAUGAAUGCAAUUGGAACAGAUUUGUGAUUUGAUUUGGAUAAUAACACAAAUAUUAUCCGGAUAUUAUGCAAGUGUAGAAGUGGAUCUUCUAUUAUACA